AUGUCAAUUGGUAGGCUGGCUGCCUCUGCUGUGUCCGGAACUCUUGAGACUACAAUAGCUCUUGCCGCGGCAAACUUUGAUUUCUCUCUGAUUAAAAUUGAGGCACCAAAGGAAUAUAAAGAUCUCGGAUUAUCUUUAUCCAGCAAGCGCAGUGCCGAAGCUGAGGAAGGUCAAAUUCAUGUGACUGCCAGGAAACUUGGAGCUCUCUUUGCAGAUGCAAUUCCAGUGACUCCAAAGCUGUAUCAGUCAUAUGGAUUGAGGGCUAGCGAGAUCGCAAAGGUGGAGAUUCACAAUCCAAAAGGCACACAGCGCGAUGGAAUGUUUGCUGACCACCUCGGGGCAGACGGGACCAGCAUCUGGGCUGCAGCAACGUCUGGGAACCCAGCAAUCGCAGUUCACUUACUUGCCUGUAUGUUGGCCCGUAUGUGGACACAUGCAGAGGCAGUCUCCAUAUGGGUUGAAUUUGUAGAGGAACGAAAACGCGUGCUUGGCAGCCCAGACUCACUGGGAGUACUCAGUGUUCUUGCCCUGCAAAACUCUCGUGUGCGUCUUUCAAGGUCUCAGAUCGCCGCGUGGGAUGCCAGCGCCCGUGCAUGGUUGCAAACUGCCGACGAAGUCAAGAAGCUACAGCAGACUCAGUUGAUGUUGAUAUUAAACAACAUUGGCACUUCUGUCAAUGCCAAACCUUUCCUCUACGAUAGUGUGCUCCAAGCUUGGACUACCUCGUUGAUUGCAAUGGAAAACCUUUUGAAAGGUUCAAAUCAGAGCGUCGAAAGUGGCGCAUCACUUCUCGGCCUAGCUUCCUGGCACUUAUAUCCCGAUAUGCUCGUGCUAGGGAAAUCCAGCACAAAGGUGGCCCAGAAAGAUGCUCUCAUACCACAAGGCACUUUAAUUACCAUUGGUCUUCAAAAUCGAGACCUUCAAAAGCGUGGGGUGUUCUGGUCACUUCCCCUCGCGUACUUGCGUUUUUACGGAGACCCGGUCCGAGUGACUCGCCAUGUCAGCCACGAAACAUCUCGAGUGUCAAUCGAACAGCUGAUUCUUGUAGGCCUUGGUGCAUUGAUAGGGCCGUGGAUCACUCAGACGUCCAUGUCCGAAGUCGCGAUCAAGUUGAUCGUCCUUCUAAAGCAGUCUUCAUUGAACGCCAAUUCCAGCGACACACGUUCCUGGCUCUGGCUCCUGGGUGAACAAGCAGAAAAGCUUCUUCAGACCAAGAAGGAACAAUGUACCGAACAAUGGCAACUCGUGACGGCGGGAAUAAGAAGAUACACCGAGUUUCUUCCCCGGCCAUCUCAACGUGUCUUUGGGCUAUUGCGUCCUGCGAACUUGCUAAAAGCAAUGGUCCUGGAACAGCGGAUAGCCUUCUUGAGGCAUAUCUGUCAGAAAAGAUACCCUAAGGAUUCUCAAAGAAUGAUAAUUCAGUACUUGCACAAGCUACCUCUUGGUCCGGCUCAGUACGAAUAUGCCUCAGUCACUCCAAUUUUGCCGUCUCUGAAACCGCCAAAGCGGAAAUUGGACGGCUCCGUGAGGGCAUCUGAUCCCUGUCAUUUAAGAUGGAUUCAGAGCUCGGGAUCAACCACUGAGCCGUCAGGUAUAGAUCAAAGACAAAAGCAGAUAGAGGAACUGGGUGAGAGAAUUAUCCUUGUUCCGCGAGACACCUUUUUACCAUCUCUGGAAUCGAGACCUGGAAUGACGUGGGUAGAUGCCCCAAAUAUCAUUUUUCAAGUGUUCGAUGAGCAUGUACUACCAAAAGGAGGAAGGAAUCCUACGAUUGGCUUUGAGAUGCUAUUUGGGCAUCCACAGCUUGGUGCAGUUUUCGCGGCGACGAAUGAUAGCCCUCUGACUCGGCUAGAGAAACGUUUCUCAUUGGAUGACGUAACGGAUGCAUUUUCGUAUAAGUUAAUAUCCCCACCAUGUCUGAUUCAAUAUUUUGAAGAACGGGAGAACUGGGAUGCAGACAUGUUGAAUGUGUCUGCUGGUUUGGACGUCCUUUCGAUAGUGGCACUCAUCUACAACAAGCUCAAUGGAGCUAGGAUAUCGCUCCAAAUCGCAAAAGAGAGUAUUCUUGGUUGGAAAUGGUCAAGGGCCAUCGCUGAACAGUUCGACUACAACCAACAUGGUUUUAAUUUUCGAUGGGUAAAUAACUGCUCCACAGAAGUUUCAUUCGCCUGCAUCCUCGCCUGCGAAUCUGGAUCUGUGGAUUUACCACCGAAAUCACUUGAAAAGGUGAUGGCGAUUUCAAGUGGUAAUUCCCUUUAUGUGGCCGAGAAGCUUCUCCUGGAUCCCUGCGAAGAACCAGGUGAGGUCGCUAUUGAAAGGAUUGUGGGAAAUUUGGGCCGACCUGGCAUCAUUCUGAUGAUCCCUCCCGAUCAGCCUCGGGUACGUAAGCUAGAAGAAGGAACUUGGCACCUGAUAAACCACACAGAGUUUGACGGUACCCCCGACGAUCUGUUCCAACAGUUAACUCUGCAUCUCUCCAUAUCAGAGUGGCAGCAAGCGGUCGACGUCAGCGCAGUCGGAAGUCGGGAUGCUGAAGUUUGCUUCGUCAAUGGUUUCGUGGCUUUACACGAUCAUGGAAAAUGGGUCGCGGACUUGGACAUCCUUGGGAUGCUCCUGAGGCAAGAAUGGACACCGCUCAAUUCUGUUCCGUGCUUUUGCGCAUCCAAGUCGAUGAAUAUACCUUCAUUUCCGUGGUCGCUGUCGUGCAUCGACAAAUGGGAAGAGCUGAUCGAAUGCCCUGCGAACGCAAGCAUCGUUCGAGCCCGCAAUAAUUGGCAAGCCAGACUUGCUCUGGCGGUGCUAAGUGUUCAACUGGGUCACAAAACUUACAUUGUCUCACCUGACCAUUGCUGGAAAUGUUGCAUCGAUGCCGUUGCUAUACUUCCACCACAUCCAUUCCAGAUUGUUGGACAGAUUCAUCGAGAAGCAUGCGAGCUCGACAUUGGAGACGAACAGAAGUCCGAGGUGUGUUCGAGCCCACGAACCCACAAUGACGAUCUAGAGGACAAAUCUUUUCCGGAGAGUAUGCAAAUGGGUGAUAAUGCUCCGGAAGACCAGGAAUCAGAUUUAGGAGGAUGGUCAACUUGCAGUUCAGUAUUGAAAUUGCCCGGCAACGUCAACUCAGAUCGCAAAAACAAAAGCCGACUCUGUGACGUAUAUAUCUGGUGA